CUUCCCUCUCGCCGAGUCGGGCGAAGAAGACUGAGCGGGGGUCCCCAGGCGGCGGGCUCCCUUUCCCUGCCCCCCGGCCCGAGGCCAUGUCCACGGGCUCACUGAGCGAUGCCGAAGACCUUCCCGAGGCGGAGAUACUGGACUGCUCCGGCAGCCUGAAAAUGGACCACUGCGGUUCGCCGUCCGCUCCCCGCCAGAGUCCCGCCGAAGGCUCGGCCUGCGAGCGGCGCUCCCCUGGCAAAGGCCGGGGCGCGGCGGCGGCGGGCAAGGCGCGUAAGAAAACGCCGGGCAAGAAGAGCCCUCCGGCGGGCCAGGAGGGCAAGCAGGUCCAGCGGAACGCGGCCAACGCCCGCGAGCGGGCUCGCAUGAGAGUACUGAGCAAAGCCUUCUCCCGCCUCAAGACCACCCUGCCCUGGGUGCCGCCGGACACCAAGCUCUCCAAGCUCGACACGCUCCGCCUGGCCUCCAGCUACAUCGCCCACCUGAGGCAGAUCCUGGCCAGCGACAAGUACGAGAACGGCUACCUUCACCCCGUCAAUUUGACAUGGCCUUUUAUGAUUGCUGGCAAACCAGAGAAUGAGCUGAAAGAAGCAGUAAACACAACUCGGUUGUGUGGCCCUACUGCCUCCUGACCCAGGAUUUUUGAGCAUAAGAAAAGCACUCUUCUCUGUGGAUGAAUGCAAUUGUGCAUUGUGUAUACGAACGGGUGGAGGAAGCAUUUCAAGGAGACAACAAACUGUUUUCUCGUGGAACAAACAAAUCCUAAAACUGAAAAGAAGACCAAAUGUACUAUGCCAAAGGAAAGUGAAACAAUCACAAAGAACAUAUAUUUAACUUUAUUAACUUGUAUAUAUAUAUAUAUAUAUAUAAACAUAUAUAUAUUUUGAAUAUCCUGCAGCAACACCUUGCUGGUCCAAGUGCUGUUCUCUGGAUCCAACUAAAAUUUGCAACUUUCUAUCUUUGUGUACUCCACUUUGUGAAAGACGGCGAUUCCUAGAAUCAAUUAUUCUC